AUGAACCUGAGGUUGCAAGAUUUUAAAUCACAGCAAUAUAGAGGACAAGAUUUUAAAAAGUACUCAGAAUUGAUUUCAUGUCUUCUAGUAGCAGAACAAAAUAAUGAACUUUUGAUGAAAAAUCUUGUAUCUCGCCCAACUGGGUCUGCCCCAUUCCCUGAAGUGAAUGUUAUAACAUCCGACAAUUGUGGUCGUGGUCGUGAGCAUAAUCAAAGUCAUAGUCGUGGUCAUGGACGUGGACGCAGACAUAGUAAGGGUCGAAGUAAUGUCUGGCAAUGUGGUGGUUAUAAUAACAACUCUUCUACUUCGCUAAAAACCUCAAGCAAUGAACAUAAGGGAAAGAGUCCACAAAAUAAGAAUCAACAAACUUAUGAAAACUUAUGUUUCAGGUGCGGUAUGAAAGUACAUUGGUCACGUACUUGUCGUACGUCCAAACAUCUUGUUGAUCUUUAUCAAGCCUCUUUGAAGGAGAAGGAGAAAAAUAUAGAAGCAAACUUUGCCUAUCAAGAUGAUGACCUCCUCAAUGAAUCCUUGGAUUUUACAAACUUGGAUGUUGCUGCUUUUUUUGCUGAUGAUCCCAUCAAUGGCAAUAUGAAUAUUUCUACUGGCGAUGAGAAAGUCCAUAAUUAG